UUUCUUUGCUCAAACCACAGAUGGACGCCUGCUUUUUAACCAGGUGCCCCUGGUUGAAAUGGAUGGAAUGAGGCUGACACAGACUAAAGCCAUCCUCAGCUACCUUGCUGCCAAGUACAACUUGUAUGGGAGGGACCUGAAUGAAACUGCCAGGAUCAACAUGUAUACUGAUGGCACUCAGGACCUCAUGAUGAUCAUCAUCCAAGCUGUGUUCAAACCUCCACGAGAAAAAGAGGAGAGCUUUGCUUUAGCCGUGACGAAAGCAAAAACCUGUUACUUCCCCGUCUUUGAAAAGAUUUUGAAACAGCAUGGAGGUGAUUUUCUCGUUGGAAACAAAUUCAGUUGGGCAGACAUACAACUGUUAGAAGCUAUUUUAAUGGUCGAAGAAAUCGAUGCUUCUGUUCUUUCUGACUUCCCUCUGCUAAAGGUAGUGUGUUACCUUCCACACAAAGCCCAGGACAAAAUGAAUAGAAACAAAGACUGAAAUAAAAUGUGCUUC